CUAGGAAUUACGUCACCUUCCGCAAUAAACGGCAGCAGAAAGAAAAAAAAAAGUCAAAGGAGGCGCUCAAAGCACACACAAGUGGUCACUUCAUAGAAAAUCUUUCAACAGUCAACAUGCCCAACUGUCCUAAAUGCGAGAAACCGGUAUAUUUUGCCGAGAGACUGACCUCCCUUGGCAAGGAUUGGCAUCGAGCCUGUCUGAGAUGCGAAAAGUGCAACAAAACCCUGACUCCCGGCUCUCAUGCAGAGCACGAGGGGAAACCUUAUUGUAAUACUCCUUGCUAUGGGGCUCUGUUUGGACCCGGAGGAUUUGGACGAGGUGGAACCGAGAGCUAUUCAUACAAGAAAUGAAUGAUGCGUCCGUUUGGAAGGCUCUUAUUAAGAGCUCUAAAAUUUGGAAUGUUAAUGUAAAUGAGCUUCUGUAUUAUUUUGAUCUGCGAACUAAUUUUAAGCAUUAAAGACUUUUUUUAUUUUUUA